AUGCCUAGUUUUUGGGAUUCAUUUGCGGUGUACAACCGCAACAAGCACGCUAAGGGUGAUGUCCAUGGGGGCCACAUGAGCCAGAACAUGGGCGGGCAGCCCAUGUACCUGCAGGCCAAGGAGCACGCGGACAUCAAGAAGAAAGAGGACGGGACGCUGGAGGCGAAGAUCGAGACGCCAGACGGGCCCCGCCUGGUGGACGUCUCCAACAUGACGCAGCAGGAGUUCGAACGCACCUACAACUCACUCCGCAAGGGAGAGCCCAACAACCGCGUCAACUUCUAA